CUUUUCCACUUUAGCUUCUUAGUUUGUCCAAGGUAGGAGCGGCUUGGAAUUAUAAGACAGCAAGGCACCACUUUUUUCGAGUUUCCAUUCGUUCUUACCUACACUUCAUCUCAAUUUCCGAUCCCCGAGAUCCCGAAGUCCAUCACUCCGUUACCAUCGUUUAGUGUACUGGAGUCAAAAGAUCUGCAUUUGGCCUCCCUACGAUCCUUUUCUUCCAUUCAUUUCCCGUCACCUGCCUGCUCGAUCUGCCCCCUAGCUCACCUCCUCCUGGACCUGAAUCCUUCCGGCCGGACUUCCACUUCUAGCUCGUGCGCCCCGCCAGCCCACCCCUAAACCCGACACACUGAACCUGCCAUUUAUUGCCUAGGUGGAUUUGGCGGACACUUUUCGGUACCUUAGCUGAGGCUACCGUAAAGUUAGGUCCAUCCGGUGGAUCCACCUAUUCAUCCAAACUGGACCUGACCCGCCCAACCAGGACCCAUCGGAUGAGAUCAUGGGAACACACCGAGACACCACCUUAUUUUGACCACACACGACCUUGGCUUCUCGGUUGUUCGGUGUUUUUUUGUUUUUACCUUUCACCGGACAGACCGGGUAGACCGUCAUUCGGGAUCGAUCCAUCCAUCGAGAGAGGGACGGAACGAAGCUAAACGUAACAAAAACACAUGUGCAGUUUUCGAGCUAUUACGUGUUGGAAACUGGAACCAAGGUUCUAGGUCGGCGGUCAACAAGGGGAAUUGAAUGAAAGAGAAAUGAAUAUAACACUCGUGGCGUGGCACCCGAUUGAUCUUGAGCUUGUUGUUGCCUAUUCUUCUGCUUUUGUUUGUAUGUAUUUUUCUCGUGUUUUCUUCUUUCUGUUUUUCUACAUUUUCUUCCAGUGGAUACCUACCUACCUACCUCUACCAAGACGGAAAGUUCCAUAUCUUACCUACCGACCUAACUUUUACACGACCCAAAUUCAAAUCCGAUACUCACCCCGACCAAUUUUACUCGCAAAAACCUAACCACACACCCAAAUAACCAUGCCCAAACCAUGGUACCGCACCCGUCCAACAACAUGGCAUUUCGAAAUAGACCACUUCAUCAACCCUUUCAUCCCGGCCUCCUUUCUACCCCGUUUUCCGACGCCCAUUUCUCAUUUUUUGGGAUAUCGAAGCCCAGCAUCACAACGGGCAAAGAAGCCGGCGCUGGGGAACUUAGCAAUCAUUCUGUUUGCGUUUGUGGGCGUGUUUGUGACGAUUACGAUUAUUGGGGCGGUGGGGGAGCAUUAUGAGGGGUUUCGGGGGAGGGGAGUGCCGGUUGUUGUGGGGAGUUUUGGCGCAGCAGCAGUUCUCGACUUUUACGCCAUCGAAUCCCCCCUCUCCCAGCCCCGCAACGCCAUCGGCGGCCAACUGCUCUCGAGCAUAGUCGGCAUCUCCAUCGCCAAACUCUUUGCCCUCUCCCCGCACUUUGAAUCCAUCCGCUGGGUGGGGGCCUCGCUUGCCUGCGCCUGUGCCACGGCCGUCAUGGCGCUCACAGGCACGGUGCACCCGCCCGCGGGCGCGACGGCCCUCAUGGCAGUUUUGGACGACCAGGUGCAGGAGCUGGGCUGGUUCUUGAUUGCGCCUGUGAUGCUGGGGUGUGCCAUCAUGAUGUGCUGUGCGCUGGUGGUGAAUAAUUUGCGGAGAAGGUUUCCGGUUUAUUGGUGGAGUCCGGAACCGACGGGGGAGUUUUGGACGGGCAAGGGGGAGGGGAAAGAAGAAGGGGUGGCUGGCUUGGAGAAGGGGGCAAGUGUUGGUAAAGAAAGUGAAGAGACGAGGACGGGGUCAAGUUCGGAGUCGCGGCUGGGAAGAGGAACGAGGAGUGAUGAGACGUUGCGAGAUGUGGAUAUUGAAGCGCAGAGUUGCGGGGCAGUGUCCGAGUCGGGGGAUGAUGAUGAUGGUGAGAGAGGGCUGAGGGUGGUGAUUUCAAGGCGAGGGGUGGAGAUUCCCGAGGGUCUUAGUUUGAGGCCGGAGGAGGUGACGUUCUUGGAGACGAUUUGUAAACGGUUAUGAAGGCGUGUUUGAGCCUUCUUCGAGUUACCUCCAUGGAGAUAUCAUUAUAAUUCAGCGUGUUUUUGUUAAUACACCCCUC